CCAACGUCACCUAACUUUAAGCCUAGCUUAAUUCGUUCUCUGUCCCUUUCCGACUGCGAUCCCUGUUUAAAAACAAUAGAUGGAAUACGAUCAGAUUACGCGAGAGUAGGUGCAUGCAAUUUCAAUGUAAAUAAAUAAAAGUCUUAUCAAUUACAUUAGAUGCACGCAACCUCAAUGGAAAUUAAUAAGACUUUUGCUCAUUUACGUUGUAAUUGCAUGUAACCUCAUGUAAUCUGAUCAUAUUCUAUCUAAUAUUUUAAACAGGGAUUCGCUGGCGUUUAAUACAAUGCAAUCGCUCGUAUACGACGGUAAUACAGCCGUCACCUUCGAUCUUGAAAGCGAUCAUUUUGUACGAUAAUCUGCACGUCGUUCCUCCCCUAGAAUUAAUCCAAUUAUACUAAUUCAAUUUUCGUCGGCUCCAAUUUUCGCUCCACCGUGAUUAAUUUUAUCGAUAAUUCGUGGUACGUCUCGCGCUCUUUUUUUUCCCUUGCUGGAGCACGUUCAUCGAGGCGAUCUCAAGGAGGGAUCGAGAAGCUAAUAGGCGGGCGGACCGCGAGGGAUAAAUUGAGAGGUGAUGAAUUAGCAGCCGCGGGGAGAGAUCGUGGAUCUCGUCGGGGAGGGAUCAUCCUCGUCUACCGGCUGGUAUCCAGCCGGACGAUUCGCGCGUGACGCAGGACGUCCAAUUAAAAAUAGCCGUCCUCGGGACAAAAGUGAGGGAAAAAUGGCCGUAACAAAACCAGCGAAACCUCGUGAACGGCCGUGAUCCCCGCCGGGAAGGCGAGGGAGUUGGAGUCAACGUUCGCCAACUUGUCGCGAUUCGAAGAUGCCGCCGCGGACAAUGGAGAGCCUCCCCCUAGUAGCUCAAUAUAUUGGCGCGAUGUUGAGAAAUAAUGACGAAUUGUCACCGAUGACUAUCUCGUUUCCGAGAGAAGCGGAGGAAACGGAGGAAAAGCCGCGACGCGGAAACGUUACGUGACAAAGAAGCUCGGCGAUAUAUUCCGAGAGAAUAAUGACGGCGACGAGUUGACGCCGACGGUUUGUUCCUGUAAAAGAGAAGCGACGACGUCUCCGCCGUUCACGAAGAUUCUCUCGCGAUGAGAGAUUUCACCUUUUCCAGCUGGAAGAAGAGGACGACGAAGUAGAGAGAUUCGCACGCAUGGGAAAGUGUUUUCCCGAGUAUUCUCAGAAUUCGCCGAACCGCCGGAUCGCGAUUAGAUUCGUGUGUCCGCGUAGGAUGAGAUCAGACUGAGCGCAAUGACAUCGAGAUACUUCGUGUUCGUCGCAGCUCUAGCGUAUGUUGCAGUGUCCACCGCGCAAGUUUACAAGAACCACCCGGAGGAUGCAGUUGCAGCGAUCGAACCAGCAGCUACAAAUAAUGACUUCAUCACGCAAACCGUUUACGGCUUUUUGGACUUCACCACGACGAUCGGAAACACGGUGAUGGUCUUCAGUCCUCAGAGCGCUCCUCCAGAAGGAGGCGCCGAAAAGAAGACCACGUCCUCCGCGCCGGCGAUUCACACGAAGCCGACGACGGAGCAGCAGCCGAAGACAAAUGUCCCCGACAUCCAGCCUAGCGAGACCCACAAGGUCGCGGAUCAGGCCGGUGAGACGAAGAAGCAGUUAAAGGGCACGAAGAUCGUUGUGAAUUCCGUCAUCGCGCAAAACGUGGUGAACCCGUCCGAGAAUGCCGCGCCGAAAACGAAGAGCCAGGAGUCAAGUAAACAGACGAAGACGCCCGUAUUGUCAUCGGUUGUUCAGGUGCGUGCCAAGGAUGAAGCUCCAGGCGUGAAGAACAAUCUCGCCGAACCGGAAUACGAUUUUCUCUCGAAGCAACCGACGGAAGUGAUCGACGAGACGUACAAGCUGAUCAAUCUGCGACCUUCGUCGAAGGCUCUUCAGAAGCCGCGUGCCACCCCGCGAAGAGACAAGGAGAACCCAACCGGCCUGGUGACCAAGCUGGGCGGCACCAUCGUGAAGGACGGGCUCACUACUGUGCACGAGACCAGCGUGAUCGGGACUUACAUCAACGGCAAGUACGCCCAGGUGCUGCAGAGCUCGUCGAGAAUCCUGACGGCGCCGGUCGCGCCGGUGGCCGAAGGUAAGAUCCGGCCCUCCAGCACCAACCGCAUCCUGAAGACCAUCGGUCCUCAGCACGGUAAGCUCAAGCCUCAGCUGGAGCCCACCCCGACUUAUCAACAGGAAGAGUCCUCGCUGCCCCUGGAGGCCCUCUUCGACGAACCUUCCGGCAUUCCAGUGCGAACGACGCGAAGAAACUCGACCCCCAAUAAUCCGUCCAGGCUCAAAUUCCGAAACAAGAUCGCUGAUGAAUACGAUAACAACGAAUCACAGCAAACGAGGAUCGGAAAGAAUCGCUCUAGUACGACGCGACCGAAUUAUAAAAAUCGUCCUGCGACCACCACCACCGAAACGCCUAUCACUCGUCGUCGCAGCGGUUUCCGGCCGAACAGUCAGUCCCCUAACUCGCCCACGAAACAGCCGACGAAGUCGAAGAACAGUGACCAGCAGCCGUCGACGACGGUCAGUCUUCUGCCCAAGGUGAAGCUACCGAGAACGCAAGGUCGCUGGUCGUACAAGACCACGCCGAAGCCUAGGAUUAUGAUUCGCAAGCAGGUUGACGAGGAGGACUUGCGAACAUCAACGACCGAGCCGAGUACGACGGAGUCAUUUCCCGGAGCGAUCUUUGACGAGCAAGGCAGGCCGACGGGGGCGACGUUCAACGUCGGCUCGAUCUCAUCCAGCGGCGCCAAUGUCGCCCAGAGGAAGGAACUGUCGUUGACGGAGGACGAGUUGGAUCCCAGCGAGAGCGAGGACGUGGCCAGCGUCAGCGUGCAACAGGAUCAGCAGCAGCAGCAUCCGGCAGAACAGAUCCUGCCGAUGGAGACGCUCAAUGUGGAGAUCUCCACCGCGGCGGAUCUCGAUAAUAUAUACUUCGAAAUUGCGACUAUCAAAUCGCCCUACGCUUUCCAGGUAGGAACACUCCGAAACACCCGCUACAUCACGGUAACGUCCACCAUCAAGAAAACUUUCGCAACAGCCGAACCGAGCAGCUCAAUCGCGCCCACCGAACCACUCACGGAGAAUAUCCUGGCGAACACUGGAGCUGCCUACGAGUCGACCUUGCCGCUGGACUCGUCCGUCGCGACGCUGCCGGCGAUCUCUCUGGACGCCGCUCAAGCGACGCCGCCGUUAGAAACGCUGACGGAAACGUUCUCGACAACGCAGACGUUGCUGAAGACGCAUAUGCUGCCGGUGAUCUACGCCGGCAACAGCACUACUCGGCUGACUCUGGUGCAGACGUACAACAUCGCCCGGGUGGUAACGGCGACGAAGACGUUGCCGCCGAUGGAGAUCUAUCAGUUUAUUCCGAGCAAGACGCUGAACGAGUUCAACUCGAAGCUCGACGAAGCCGGCAGCGAGCUGCACCUCGAGCUCGACUUUGGCGACGACGAUCGCGAUGACGAGGACGUGCCCAAGAGGGUGGUGGUGCCCAACAACGACCCCGAUGCCGAUCUGGACAUCUUCAAGUCGACGUCGCCGUCAAAGGUCAAGAGCGACGUCGCGACCAGCAGCAACGCCGAGCCUCAGCUGACCCCGGAACAGGCCCAACAAUUGGCUCUGCUGAAAUACUUCGGUCAGCCGCAACCCCAGGUCAUCACUACCUCCAGACCGGUGGUCACCUUGGAGACGCUAUAUGAAUCGCAUGUGAUUCCCGUCGUGAAUUCGGGGAAUACCAUCUACUCAACGCUGACCAGGCCAGUUGGCACUGUGCCUAGAACGUCCUACGAGUACGGCACGUCCACUCUGAGCCCUGUGCUGCAGCCGCAGGUGCCGCAGGUGCCGCAGGUGCCGCAGGUGCCGCAGCUACCGCUAUUCCCGCAGCAGCCGCAAUUCACGGUGACGAGCGCGCCCGUGGUCACCCAGACUCUCGCCACCGUGUCCGACUCGCGGGUGCUGAAGCUUACCUUCGGCGCCAAAACCGCUUACACCACCCUCUUCUCCACAAAGGUCGUGCCUACCGAACUCACCACCUACAUCACCAACACGGUGCCGGUGCAGCCGACGGUACAGGCGUACCCCGGUUACUAUCCGGCACCGGUGGCUUAUCCGCCCUUCCCCUUCGUCGGUUAGAUCCUCGAUCCGACCUUCGACUCCUUCGAGUAGUUCGCGAUCCAUUUCGAUUGCGGUCAGUCGCCAGAUAGAUUCGUUCUCUUUCCCGCUAGAUAUGAGAUUAAUUAAUUUUUAUAAUUAUAUAAAGGAGAAGGUACAUAGUUAUUCAUGAUGAAUUCUAGGAGCGAUACGAUCUUAAACACAAAACAGGUCUUCUUUGUUUAAUAAGACUUUUUCAUGAAUUUUUCUUACUAAUCUUUUCGAUAAAGAUACAAUAUAUUUCAACUAUAUAUUUGCAUUGGCUGCCAUUGCGACAAUUAAACACUUAAUAAAUAGUAAAAACUCGUGAUAAAUUUAAUAUUAUACUUACAUAAGGUUUCUAAUAAAAAUA